UUAUUUUCGGUAACGACAUCCAGGCAUAAAAGCUCAUCUUCUCCCGAAAAGUUGUCCUCUUUCCAAUGCCUUCAAAUUGAAACAAAGUGGGGUAUCCUGUAAAUUAACUUUGAUCCGUGUCCAUUUGUAUUUCCCACCGACCUUUCCUUGAUCCUCUCUUGUCUCUACAACACUACAUGAGAACCCCCAACUGCUCUCUAAAACCCCUCUUUCCUCAAGGUUUCGAAUUCAUCAAAUCAGACCAGCAAUCAGCUUUGCCUAUUACGAUUCCCUCGCUUUGAUUGAUCGGCAAAUAGUUGCAAGUAAAGAUGUCGCUGAGGCCGAAUGCCAGGACCGAGGUGAGGCGGAACCGGUACAAGGUGGCGGUGGAUGCGGAGGAGGGCAGGAGGAGGCGCGAGGACAACAUGGUUGAGAUCCGUAAGAAUCGACGGGAGGAGAGUUUGCAGAAGAAGCGACGUGAGGGGCUCCAGCCGCAGCAGAUGCCUGCCUCUACCCUCUCUUCAGCUCUCGAAAAGAAGUUGGAACAUCUACCAGCCAUGGUUGCUGGUGUUUGGUCAGAUGAUAAGAACCUACAGCUUGAGGCCACCACCCAGUUCAGAAAACUGCUAUCGAUUGAACGCAGCCCUCCAAUUGAGGAAGUUAUUCAAGCUGGUGUUGUUCCACGGUUUGUUGAGUUUCUUAUGAGGGAGGAUUACCCACAGCUUCAGUUUGAGUCUGCCUGGGCCCUUACAAAUAUUGCCUCGGGGACAUCAGAGAACACCAAGGUUGUGAUUGACCAUGGUGCUGUCCCAAUCUUUGUGAAACUUCUUGCCUCUCCUAGUGAUGAUGUUCGUGAGCAGGCUGUGUGGGCACUGGGAAAUGUUGCUGGUGACUCUCCAAGAUGUCGUGAUUUAGUCCUUGGGCAUGGUGCUUUGCUUGCUUUAUUGUCACAGCUUAAUGAGCACGCCAAGCUUUCCAUGCUGAGAAAUGCUACUUGGACAUUGUCAAACUUUUGCCGGGGCAAACCUCAGCCACCCUUUGAUCAGGUUAAGCCUGCACUUCCAGCUCUAGCACGUCUUAUUCAUUCAAAUGACGAAGAAGUCUUGACAGAUGCAUGUUGGGCACUUUCUUAUCUAUCUGAUGGUACGAAUGAAAAAAUUCAAGCUGUUAUUGAGGCGGGGGUGUGCCCCAGGCUUGUUGAGCUUUUAAUGCACCCAUCUCCUUCUUUGCUUGUUCCUGCCCUUCGCACUGUUGGAAAUAUUGUCACUGGUGAUGAUAUGCAGACUCAGUGUAUUAUCAACCAUCAAGCAUUGCCUUGCCUUUUGACACUGUUGACAAAUAAUUACAAAAAGAGCAUAAAAAAGGAAGCUUGUUGGAGCAUCUCAAAUAUUACAGCUGGCAACAAAGACCAAAUUCAGUCUGUAAUUGAGGCUCAAAUUAUUGGCCCACUUGUUCAUCUGCUUCAAAAUGCUGAGUUUGACAUCAAGAAAGAGGCUGCCUGGGCAAUCUCGAAUGCAACAUCUGGGGGUACACAUGACCAGAUCAAGUACCUUGUAAGCCAAGGUUGCAUAAAGCCCUUGUGUGACCUUCUCAUCUGCCCUGAUCCAAGGAUUGUUACCGUCUGCUUAGAAGGUCUUGAGAACAUCUUGAAGGCUGGAGAAGCUGACAAGAAUUUGGGUAAUACCGGAGGUGUUAAUCUAUAUGCUCAACUGAUUGAUGACGCUGAGGGUUUAGAGAAGAUUGAGAACCUUCAGUCUCAUGACAAUACUGAGAUAUAUGAGAAGGCAGUGAAGAUUCUUGAGACAUAUUGGUUGGAAGAGGAGGAUGAAACAAUGCCGCCAGGUGAUGCUCCUCAAGGGUUCCAGUUUGGAGGUGGUGAAGUUCCCACAGUACCUUCUGGUGGAUUUAACUUCAGCUGAAGAAAUCAUAGCUGGUUUCUCUCUACCAAGAUCUUGUGGUGGAGUAUGGUUGGAUGUUGUUUGGAAUUGAGUACAGUCGGACGUUGUUGGAGUUAAGGUCAGGGGUCUUGUCAUCGUGUCUUGGUCCUUUGUGGUUCAGUGUACUUUUUAUGGUCGUGAGGGUUGCUUGACAGGCUUGGGUUUACCAUGGAACUAUAAUAUUUCGGUGGAGAGGGACAGGUGGAUUGGCUUUGGUUGUAUGAUGAGCAUUGGCCCACUUCCACAAUAAGCUGAGAAGCGGUUGUCCUCUCCUCAUCAAGCGGUUGUCCUCCUGUGAAGAUGAUGAUGCUGAGUCUUUAUUUUCUUGCAACUCAGUUGUCCUAGUAGUGUCUUUGUAUACAUUUGUCUUUUGUGUCUGAGUGAUUUUGUGGCACUCCCAAAACGCUCAUUUGUAUUAUUCUUAUUCUUACUUAUGAUUUAUAGUUUUCUUAAGUCUUAAAAUUUUGAGUCUGUAGCCUACAAUAUGUACUGGUUUUCAUAAUGCAAAAGUGGCAAGCGAAAUAAGAGACGUUUGCUGUCAUUGCCAACCUUUGUGGUA